UUCCACAGAAGAAAAACACCGCGCAAUUCUCAACAAUGUCAACAAAGCGACCGCCUGCCUGUUUGAAUGUUGUAUCCCAGACUUUAUUUGUCUUCGUGCUGCUUUUGAAAGAAGAAGCCGCAUGCAGUGUUGUGUUUCAACCAUCAUUCCUUGUUGCGUCUGGUGCAAGAGCAUCUGCCUUUUUGGUUGGAAACGUGUCUGACAUCUCCCUGACCAUCAGCAGUGUCACACCCUCCAAUACAACAGGGCGCCUCCCUCUUCCUUCCUGCGUGCCGUCCUCUCUGGCUCAGUGGAAUCUCUCACAGGAGAUAAUAGGAAAGUUUCAGACUGCCCUGCUGGUGCAUGUAAGUCUGAACCGGACUCUGCAGCUAUGUGGGAACAAGACAGAGUGCUGUGCCCAGCCACUGUGUGUGGGAGAGACUGUGAGGGUGUCUGCAUGUCUGGGCAAUGUUCCUCUGUCCUCUCUCGUCAUUCAAGCUCAGAUCUAUGCUCAGCUGCCCCCUGCUGGCCCUGUGUCAGAAAAUAAGACAGUCAUUCCUAAUCAAGUGUUCCAGCCUUUGGGACAUUGCCCAUGUGAUCUGUCACCAGGAGAGUGUGAUGUACGUUGCUGCUGUGACCAGGACUGUACUCCUGAGUUGCUGUGGCUUUUUGCCGGUCACUGUCUCCCUGGUCCAUUUGGAGGGAGUAUCAUUCUUGCCCCAGAAUAUGACUGUGCCUCCCAGUCUGCUGAAAAUGCUCCUGAUUGGUUCCCAUUUCUCUGCGUCACUUCUCCUUCUGAGAACAACCCCUUUUUAGGGCUCUUCUACCAUGGGCAGACCGUUUUUCCAAAGCCUGCUCCAUCUUUCCAGGCUCAGCAGGUGGCACCUCCUGUACCUUCCACACACUACCGCCAGGGGGAGCCAAUCCUCACUACAGACAACCAGUAUUUUACAAUCCCACAGGUGUCAUUGCUGGGGCAGUGUUUAGAGAGCGCUCCAGUAGCCUUCCUGCAGGACUUUGAGGCUGUGUGUGUGAGGACUCUUCAGGCCUGUCCUGCUGCUCCAGCAGAUCUGAGAGUGGCAGUGAGAGAUGGGCUGGGAGGAGUGGUCACAGUCAAUGUUGUGGAUGAAGUGACCACAGACUUAAGCUCGUUUGUGUCCAGUCCUGCUAAACUUGAGUCUGCAGGUCCAGAGCUGGUGGCUGAAAGACAGCUGUGUGUAAAUGUGGUCCUUGCAUUAAUGUACACACUCGACUGGAGAGGGAACGGACUCACUGCCAUCAAUCUGAUCCGACGCACUGGAAACGUCACACUCAAUGCAGCAGUGUCUCUGACCACUCGAUAUUCUGCAGUGUUUGUGAAUGGGAAUGUAACAGCACAGCCGAACUCAGGCAACCCAGGUUAUCAGGUGGGACGGCCUGUGAUUGGUGGAUUUUCAGACUCUCCUACAGGAGCCAUAGAGAGAGCUGCAAUCAGCCUCUGGCAAGCAGUGGGAGAUGGCCUAUGUUCCUCAGCUGACGUAAGACCAGUUUUAUAUGGACUGAACUCAACAUCUGGGUGCCUGAUGCCUGUCAGCCUGCUCAGUCUCACCCAAUGCAGCCAGCUCAGAGAAACAGUACGCUCUGUUUUGGCUGGGCUGGUACCGGCUUCACUGGUCUCCAGGACAGGAACGCCUGAUUUGUCCUCUCUGGCCACCUGGACCAACAUCACCACUGUAGUGCAGAACUCCAGUCAGCCAGCAGGGGGCUUCAGUGGAUCUUGUUCCAGAGUUCCAGCUCAUCUGCACAUCCACAUCAGGAGUGUGAUCAUGGGAAUGGUGGGGGGUGUGCCGCAGAAGAUGAUCCAAGCAGUAGAGUUGAGUUUUAAAGAAACUACAUGGAGUUUGGAGUGUGAUGCGAUUGAGGGCAACCCCUGUGUAAAUCCACACCUGACGCAGUCUUUCCCUGUAACCUCUUCGGUGACCUUUACUGAUACACUUAUCAGUACACAACCGCCUAAGUCCAGGUUCCGCAUAAACUUUACAGAGUUUGACUGUGAGAGGAAUGAUGUGUGUUGGCCUGAGCUGGCAUUUCCCCUGACACCCUACUAUACUGGUGAGCCGUACUCACAGGCUCUGGCUAAAGGACUGAUCCUCGUCUUCUUCUUCAUCGCAGCAUCUGUGUUAGGAACACCAUGGAGACAAAUCAGACAGGCGUGGAGUAACACUUCACUCUGACAGCUGUGUGUGUGUGUGUGUGUGUGUGUGUGUGUGUGUGUGUGUGUGUGUGUGUGUGUGUGUGAGAGAGAGAGAGAGAGAGAAAGUUUCGGUGAGAGUACACUGUAAGUAUACUGAGAGUAUACUGAGAGUGUGACUUUAUGAAUGACUGUAAAAGAGAGAAGGACAUAUUUUAUUAUGCAGCUUUCUCUUGCUUUUAGAAACCAAUAUCUUCAGCUUCAGUUGGAGUUGAUGGACAGCUCAGACAUGCUGUAGACACUUUAAUUUGUUAUUUUGAGAACUCUCUUCUACAUGAUUGUAAGAACUGAGACCUAGUAGAUAUUUGUAUAUGAUGUUAUUUAUUGUGUUGUGUUCUGUUCUGUUCUCUUUUUUACUGAAUCUUUUGUUAAUAAACUCUUUAAACUCUU